AUGAAUCUAGUUCCAAAUCUCUUCAUGUGCCUACUACUUCUUUUCACGGUGGUGGCCGGAGAAACUCUCCAGCCAGCAUUCUACGGGAAGACAUGCCCAAAAGCUGAAUCCAUCGUGAGGGAAGAGAUGAGAAAAGCUAUGUUGAAAGAAGCUCGAAGUGUUGCCUCCAUUAUGCGUCUGCAGUUUCAUGAUUGCUUCGUUAAUGGAUGUGAUGGCUCUGUAUUGCUCGAUGACACACCAACAUUGUUGGGAGAAAAACUCUCUCUUGCAAACAUAGGCUCUUUGAGAUCGUUUGAUGUCGUAGACAACAUCAAAGAAGCAUUAGAGAAGGCUUGUCCUGCCACUGUAUCUUGUGCUGACAUUAUCAUCAUGGCUUCUCGUGACGCAGUUGCCCUUACAGGAGGGCCGGACUGGGAAGUAAAGCUAGGGAGAAAAGACAGCUUAACCGCAAGCCAAAAAGAUUCAGACGACAUAAUGCCAAGUCCAAAUGAUUCAACCGCCACAUCUUUGAUUGAUCUCUUCCAAAGAUUUAAUCUUUCUACAAAAGAUAUGGUGGCUCUAUCUGGAUCACACUCUAUCGGGGAAGCUCGAUGUUUCUCGGUCACGCCUAGACUCUAUAACUAUUCCGGUUCCGGGAAAUCUGACCCGGCUUUCGAACCGCUUUACCGAGAGAAAUUGACCAAACUGUGUCCCAUGGGAGGAGAUGAAAACGUUACAAGCGGUAUGGACGCAACUGCUAAAGUGUUUGAUAACCAAUACUUCAAAAACUUGGUUUCUAGGAAAGGGUUUCUACACUCUGACCAGACGCUGUUCACUUCGCCGGAGACCAGAGAGUAUGUGAAACUGUUCAGUGAGAACGAAACAGAGUUCUUCAAAGCUUUUGCUGAAGGGAUGGUGAAGAUGGGUGACUUGCAGUCUACGAAACCUGGUGAAGUUAGGUUAAACUGUAGAGCUGUUAAUCGAAAGAGCUAUUAA